UGAAACAAGACGAAGGAAAAUCGGGAAUGGCGGCGUGUUGGAAGCAGUGAGAAGUUGGUGUUUGUUUCCGUCAGUCGAGCAGGAUGAAGUUGGCGAUAAAUUAGAGGCUCGUAUUGUGCUUAUUAUGAGUAUGUUGUUUUCAUUUUACGCGGGGAAACGGACAUUUCACUCGGGAAGAAGAAGCUUCCCUCGCGAACGGGAAGCUACCUGGGUGGGAGAAGGCGCCGCGGUUUGCACCAGCCAUUGGGGAUUGGAAGCCAUCUUGCGGUAUCCCUGCCCUGCCAUACAGCGGCAUUCUCCAGCGUCUGGUUCCUGACCCGGUGACAUCGGACCAGUGACCAUUGGACAAGAGGUGGAAGACGCGUUUCCCUGUCUCUGUGUGCUAGUAGCCUUAACGGCGAACGUAAGUACUGUUCAAAAGGGUAAAAUGGAAACAUGUGCAUGGUCGCCAUGGUUUCCAUGUAAGUGGUUGUUAAUGGAUCCUCUCUGUGUGCGUUACAGAGGCCAGUGCCGUGUUUUAUUUCACUGUUUUAUUUCAUGGUUGUUUUAUUCUUGUUGCUAGUCUAAUGUGAAACCGAGCAGGGUUGGUUAGUUGAGGAGAUUUGUUUAUCCAAAACUACGUUUAUUUUACCAAGUGCCAUUUGUGAAAACUAGCUUACGGUGAAGCGGAAAAGCGCGCGAGACGAGUGGAUUAGUUUCUUUUAAAUUUGAGUGAAUGGUGUCCUACAUACACUAGCUUUUGUACUAGGAGUGAAAAUACCUUUUUUUUUCUAAUUGAACAAAGCACUUGAUGUAAGCUCCUUCUCAGGUAGUAGCUGUUUCUUUUAUUAGUUAUUUUUAAAACAAAUCUCUGAACCUCUCUAAAUUGACCGCUGUCCCUAAAAUAGCCUGGGAGCCGAAACAGGAAACUCCUGGUAGAAAUCCUGGUAGUAUUUAUUUGUUAAUUGCUUGUGUGUGUGUGUUAAACACUUGAUUGUUUAAAGUGAGUUCUUUUGAUUUUAGGUGCACCUCCGGGCAUCGUCAUUAGUAGCGUGGUGGCAGUGAUAUUCCUCACUGCUGCCUUUGGGGUUUGCGUGUGAAAGAAGAACAGGACAGCCUCUGACACUGAUUCAGAAACCUCAAGCAACUCUGCAAUGAAAGCAUGAGACAAAUGAUUUAUGGAAUGAGCUCCCAAUCAGCACAGUGAGCCCUGUGUUGACUGGAUCUGUGGGCGGACUCCAUAUCCCAGAAGACCUUGCAGCAGCAUUCACCGGGGGAGAAGUGGUCUCAGGAGGAGAGGGAGGCAGGCUGGGAUGAAGAGAAAGCUCGAGCAGGAAGAAGCUCAGGUUUGAACCCAGAAGGGCCAUGAAUAACCAGGACGUGGUGGCGGUGUUGGAGGAGUGCCGGCGGACAUUGGCAGCCGGACCUGUGGAACCCACCGGGGAAACCAAGAAAGAGUUCCACAGAUGCAGAGCCGCCCUCUCUGCCGAACUGAGCACGCUCCUGCAGGAGGCUGUGGCCAUGAAGUGGCCCUUCGUGCCGGAGAAAUGGCAGUACAAGCACUCCGUCACCCCAGAGGACAGGACCAACCUGAAGGAGCUCAUCAGCCAACAGCUGCCCCAGCUUCUGAUGUUUCUGAGAGCCUCCCUAUUGGCUGGGGAGCCCGUGUGGGCGGUCUCUGCGGUCUUCCUCAUGGACCGUUUCUUGUACUGGGCGGAUGCCUCUGCCAGCCUGCUGCGGAUUGCCAAGGUCCUGCACAAGCUCUACCCGGCCACGCCCAUCGCCCCCCAGCUGGUGAUCCGGCAGGCCCGAGUCUCCCUCAACUCCGGUGAGCUGAUGUGUGUGUGUGUGCGUGUGUGUGCAUGUGUGUGUGCAUAUGUGUGCGUGUGUAUGUGUGUUCCAGGGUGCUGGGUCUACCAUGCGGACAGCGACCGGACUCUUGUACAGGCUGUGAGCGUUCAGGUGCGAGGACAGAUACUGCAGAAGCUGGGGCUGUGGGUCGAGGCUGCUGAGCUGAUCUGGGCCUCUCUGAUUGGGUUUCACUCCCUCCCUGAACCUGACAAAAAGGGCAUUGGAACGUCUCUGGGGCUGCUGGCCAACAUUCUGGUGUCGAUGAACGAUGAUGAUUUUCGGGUCUUCACCACGAGCCCCCACAUCGACCUGUGGUUCCUGAGAGAGAAAGGUCACCGGUUGCUGUCAGCGGCAGAGGCUGCCAAACUGGCUGUGGUGUACGGCCAGUACGCCUCUCUCUACGUGCUGACUCACGUGGUGACUCAGGGCACCUGCCUGCUGUCCUACAGCUUUUCCUCGGCGUGUCCCGCGGCGGAGAGAGAGGGCUUCCUCAGCGAGGCGAGGCAGGCCUUCGAGAUCGGCCUGCUGACCCGGCGGGAGGGCGAGGACGAGGGCAAGGCGGUCAGCAGCAUGCAGGAGCUGCACAGCUUCCUGAAGGCGGCGUACUCCCUGACCGUGGCCCGGCGGUGGCUGGGGCCCGUGGGGGGGCGGGUUCGGGAGGCCGGGAGGGCGUGCGGCGAGGCCCUGGCGAAACUGUGCGCCUACAGUGUCGCGGGUGGGCGGGAGAGGGAUGCCCUCGCCGCCGAGGUCAUGCGCCUGGUGGGCAGGGUCAGGGCACUGCUGCGGGUCGAGCCCUUCCCCGUGUCCGACGAACGGUCCUUCAUCCCGGACAGCUACGCCGCCGCCGCCGGGGAGGCCCCCACCCGGCUCCCUCCGGGCCGCUUCGCCACGGCGAUGGCCAGGUUUCAGCAGUACCACGCGUCCGUGUGCCAGGCCUCAGAGGCUUCCUGUGCACGGAGCCCCGGAGGGAGCGGAGGUCAGGGGUCGCCGGGAGCCUGCAUCACAGCCAUGAGGACUGCCACGGAAACCCUGGGCACAGACUGCGCCACAGAGACCCGCCAGCCCCAAGGAACUCUGGGAAGAGGACAGGAGAAGCACUCAGACUCUUCUUUCAGUGCGGGGCUUGGGGAGAAAGGUCUUAGCUCUCUCACGGGAGGGACAGCAGGAGAAUCUGUUAACAGGUACCGUCCGUCAGUGGAUCUGGAAGGCAGGGGCCGAAACAGCAGCAGCACCCACACGGCCUCUGGAUGUACAGGACUGAAUGAAGCCAAACUGACAGGCAGGGGUGGAGAGGCUUCCUCCAGCUCUCUCAGCGACAGUCUGGGUUCACAGUCCUCCUGGCAGAAGAUCUCUCCCUCUGAUACAGGGUCUCCUCUCAGCAGCGAUAAACACCCCGGUGUAUUUGGAAAGCAGAGUUUAGAGCCGUGGGUGGACCUGCAGUGUCCUACAGAGACGAGUGACGAGGAGGAGGUCAAUGGCGGAACCAGCAGGGCAGGCUGUGGGUCUGAAGGAUUGAGCAAAGUGAGGACUUUCUCCAGCUCUCUCAGCGACAGCCUGAGUUCGACCUCCUCCUGGCAGAAGGUCUCUCGCUGUGAUACAGGGUCUCCUCUCAGCAGCGAUAAAGACGCCAGUAAUCCUGUCGGACAGAGAGAGGAGGCAUGGGUGGACCUGCAGUGUCCUACUGAGGAUGGUGAUGAUGAGGAGGGUCAGGACAUCAGCAGUGAAAAUGCGGGCCGUGCUUCUUUGGCAGCGGGUGAAGGGAAGAGGGUAGGAGGGUACAGGCAGGCACUGAGUGCUCCCUCCAGGGACAGCGUGGGGUCUACCUCCCACAGGAGUACUCCUUUCCCUGAAGUGGGAGGAGAGAGGACCCUGAAUUACACAGAUGCCAGCUCUCCUGUGCAGGGGGGAAGGGUAGAGGGGGUGGACCUGCAGUGUCCAACAGAGCUUAGUGACGGGGAGGAGUGGACUGAUGGUACCGGCAGUCAGAACUGUGGGCCUGCAGGAUUGAGCGAUGUGAGGGCUUUCUCCAGCUCUCUCAGCGACAGUCUGGGUUCGACCUCCUCCUGGCAGAAGAUCUCCCCCUCUGAUACGGAGUCUCCUCUUAGCAGCGGUAGAGAUGGCAGCGAUCCUGUUGGACAGAGAGAGGAGGCGUGGGUGGACCUGCAGUGUCCUACAGAGGAUGGUGAUGAGGGGGAGGAUCAGGGUGGCACUGGUGGCAGUGGAGGCUGCGGACCCUUCCCCGCCCUCAGACUGGAACCAGAGGGGUCCUCCGCUGGGCCGGGGGAUCGGCUGUCCAGACUGACCACACCUCUGAUGAGUGCCUCGGCGCCUGCGCCAAACUCGAGUCCGGGAGGCAAACAGAGUGUGGGGGGGUGUCGGUCCGAGGGGGACCGGUCCUGUCCACCUGUAGAGUUCGGCAGCCGUGUGAACACAGAGGGGGCGGUGCCGAGGAACGACGGGGGCGUGGCCGCAGCUGAUUGGGCGGGUGGAUGUGGCUCCCUGCAGGAGCAAUGUGGGGUGGAUCCCCUGGCGGAAACUGAGGAGGGCCCCCUGGACGAUCUUGGGGUGCCCUCUCCUGUGCCCACUGCCAGCGUCUGCAAACCCGCAGGCUGUCGCCCCGCUGUCACCCGCUCAGAACGCACAGACUCUGCUGCUGCUAAAGAGAGCGCUUCCACCACGCCCGACUUACAGUGUCCUACAGAAACCCACUCCUUCCAACUCAUGGGAGAUACGGAGAGACAUGAGGAAUACGAUUUUGGAAAGCUUAGCCUGGAUGAGAACCAAAACUCAGCAAGCAGUAAAGAGUCGCAUGACCAAUGUCUCAGGCACUGCAUGCUGGGUAGUGCAGUUUCUAAUUGUCCACGCACCCUGACAGAGCAGGACUAUAAAGCUCUACUCUCUGGGGUUUGUCACGAGUGUCUGCUAAAGAGGCUGGAGAACACGGGGACCUUCAGACUGAAGAAACACGACAGCACUUACAGUGCUCUUCUUCUGAAAUACUCCAAGGUGUCUGGCCAGUGGACGGCCCGAGAAACGAAGGUUCACAUCGGAGCUCCCAUGGACAAAGAAGGCAAGCAGAGAACGGCAUUCUGGGUAAAGCUUCUGCACCAGGAGGAGACACUGGGCAGCUAUGUUGGGAAGACGUACAAGGUUGCGAAAGAGGUGCGUUACCACCUGACUGACGUGGAGAGACAGAUGGCGGCCCAGUACUACGUCACAGAGUUCAACAAGAGGCUGUACGAGAAGAGGAUCCCAGCGCAGAUCUUCUUCAUCCCCUCAGAGGUUCUCCUGAUUCUGGAGGAUGAUGUCAUCGUGGACUGUGUGACGGUGGAGCCCUACAUGCUGGGAGACUUUGUGAAACUGACGAAUAACACCACCAAAGCCAACCGAGCCUCCAAAGCCACAGACUACGGCAUUGCCUUCGGCCAUUUCACCUACCAGCUCUCCGCCGGCACAGAGGUGGUUGUUGACCUGCAAGGAUGGGUGACAGCCAAUGGGAAGGGGCUGACCUACCUCACCGACCCGCAGCUCCACACACUCAGGAAGCCCAGCUCCUCCACAAACUUCGGCCAGCGCGGCAUCAGGCACUUCCUGGAGGACCAACACGGACCCCAGUGUAAUGACAUCUGUAACAGCCUGUCACUGGGGAGUCUUUAGCGGCCCAGGGUUCGAGCACAGUGACAUCCUGCACAGACUGUCACCUCAGAUGUUACAGUGGCCAGUGGUACAACUGCAGUGAUAAUUACUAUCUCUCCCUGAUUGGAUAACUGAUGGCGCAAGGUUCAAGCUCCAUGACGACUGCAGUGGACUGUCAUUGGGUGAGACUGAGUGGCGCAGGGUUCGAGUGCAAUGGUAAUUACAGCAGUAUCUCUCAGGGAAGCGGAGAGGGUUCAGGCAGACUGUGAAUAAUCACCCCUGCAUUACAGUCUUUAUUAACAGAAGCACACUCACAUUCAUAUCAUCUUUCUGAUGUCAUUUCCUGUGUGGUGAGGUGGGAAGUAAUCUCGUAACAGGAAAGCUUUGGUGAACAUCAGACCAAAAAUGCAUAAAAGAAUUGUGUACAAUGUACAAAUGAUUGUGAAAACUUUCCCCAUUAAACACAGAAUAAAAAUGCAUUCAGAGGAUAACUUUAAUUGAAGUUAUAACUUCAAAUUACUUAAAAU